AUGGCUACUCCAAAAACUGCGAUGAAGGUUGUCUUCGGUUCCAUGACCGUUGGUAGACCAGGCGAAACCAUUCGUAUCACAACCGUUGAAGGUGCCCAAAAGAUCCUCGAUGUAUUCCAAAAACAUGGACAUUCAGAGGUCGAUUCCGCCCGAGCCUACGGCGGCGGCUCAACCGAAGAAAGACUCGCAGAAAUCGGCUGGCAAGAUCGUGGUCUCAUCAUGCAAACCAAGCUCUAUCCCACCAAGGGAAAAGGCAUGACAGCACUCAGCAGAGAGGAAUACUCCCAUUCAGCCGCCGAUAUCCGUCGCGGUUUCGAAGCCAGUAUGAAAGCGCUCAAAGCCGAUAAAAUUGAGAUGUUCUACCUCCACGGCCCAGACCGUAAUACACCAUUCGAAGAAACCCUCAGCGAAGUUAACAAGCUCCACCAAGAGGGGAAAUUCGACCGUUUCGGUAUCUCCAAUUAUGCAUCCUGGGAAGUAGCCAGACUGUGUGAUAUUGCCGAGAAAAACGGCUGGAUCAAACCAUCCGUCUAUCAAGGCCUGUACAACGCAUUCAAUCGAUCCAUUGAAGCCGAACUUAUCCCCUGUCUCCGUUACUAUGGAAUUGCCCUUUACGCAUUCCAACCCCUAGCCGGAGGGUUCCUAACCUCCAAAUACCACCGCGAUCAAACCGAAUAUGAAGCCAACUCACGUUUCGAUCCUGCCAAAUUUCAAGGAAAAUUGCACCACGGUCGUUACAUUAAUGAGCGAAAUUUCUACGCUUUAGAAGAUAUCCUUCGACCUGUGUGUAAGAAAUAUGGACUCACGGAGGCAGAGUGUGGAUUGAGAUGGAUGGUGCAUCAUUCGGUGAUGAAAAAUGAGUUAGGCGAUGCGGUAAUUGUGGGGGCUAGUAGUCCAGAGCAGUUGGAGGAGAAUUUGGUGGAUUUGGAGAAGGGAAAAUUGCCGGAUGAGGUGGUGGAGGCAUUGGAGGCGGCGUGGAAGCAUAUUUCUGGGGUUUACAAGUAUUUCCAUUAG